AGAGGACUUCUGGCAGAGCGGCAGAGUCGUCCCCAGCCAUUGGUUUCUAUGGAGGAGGCCGGGUCCGCCUCCCCCCAAGGCCUCGGUAAAAAAAACACGAACAAACGGAAGAGAAGCGCGGGGUCCCUGGGACCCGGCUUCAAGGCGGCACAGGGACUCGUGUCCCCGGGUCUCCCCGUGCCUCCCUCCUCUUCCCCGCGUCUCCCCGUGUCCCCCUCCUACUCCCAGUGUGUCCCCGCGUCUCCCUUCUCUGCCCCAGGUCUCCCCACAUCUUGCCGUGUCCCCCCAUUUCCCCGUGUCUUUCUACUCCCUGUGACUCCCCGUGUCUCCCCCCCCCACCCCCGGCCUCUCCCCGUGUCUCGUAGUUUGUCCAAGCGUCUCCUCUUGUCCCGUAAAAUCCUCGUGUCUCCCUGCCUCUGUUGGCCUCCCCGUGUCUCCCUGAUUCUCCCCGUGUCCCCCUCAGCGUGUCCCGCCCUCCUCUGCCCCCGCGUCUCUCCCGUCUCCCUCCGACCCGGGUCUCCAUCGACCCGGGUCUCCGCCAUGGGAGACAAGGCCGCAGACACGCGGGAGCUGAGGUUGAAGAGCCCCAGCGGCGUGGAGCCGGCGGUCUACCCGUGGCCUCUGCCGGUCUACGAUAAACACCACGACGCUGCUCAUGAAAUCAUAGAGACCAUCAGGUGGGUGAGUGAGGAGGUGCCCGAGCUGAAAAUGGCCAUGGAGACUCACGUCCUUGUGGACUACGACACCAAGAGUUUUGAGAGUAUGCAGAAGCUGUGCGAUAAAUACAAUCGGGCAAUCGACAGCAUCCAUCAGCUGUGGGCGGGCACCGCAAGACCCAUGCGGAUGCAGACGCGGCCGUGCACGGGGCUUCUGCGCCACAUCCUGCAGCAGGUGUACAACCACUCGGUGACCGACCCCGACAAGCUCAACAACUACGAGCCCUUCUCGCCCGAGGUGUACGGGGAGACCUCUUUCGACCUUGUCGCUCAGAUGAUCGACGAGGUGCAGAUGACCGAGGAUGACACCUUCGUCGACCUGGGCAGUGGUGUAGGUCAGGUGGUGCUACAGGUGGCUGCCGCCACUCCCUGUAAGCAUUGCUACGGUGUGGAGAAGGCAGAAAUCCCAGCUCGAUACGCAGAGUCUAUGCAUGUAGAGUUUAAGAAGUGGAUGCGGUGGUACGGCAAGAAGCAUGGAGACUACACGCUGGAGAAAGGAGACUUUCUAUCUGAUGAGUGGUUGGACAGGAUCGCCACCACCAGCGUGGUGUUCGUCAAUAACUUCGCGUUUGGACCAGAGGUCGACCAUCAGCUGAAGGAACGCUUCGCCAACAUGAAGGAGCGAGGGAAGAUUGUGUCAUCUAAGCCCUUUGCUCCUCUCAACUUCAGAAUCAACAGCAGGAACCUGAGUGACAUAGGCACGAUAAUGCGGGUGGUGGAGCUGUCUCCCCUCAAGGGCUCCGUGUCGUGGACGGGGAAGCCUGUGUCGUACUACCUACACACCAUCGACCGUACCAUCUUGGAGAAUUACUUCUCGAGCCUCAAGAACCCCAAAGUCAGGGAGGAGCAGGAGGCGGUGCGUCGCCGGCAGCAGAAAGACAAAGAGAACAAGGGGAGCUCCAAUAGCCCCUGCAAGUGCGGUGACCCUGGGGUCUGUCCCCCCGAGGGAUGGACCCCCCUGCAGCCUGCACAGGAGUCGGCGCCACGGAUAGAGCAGCGAGAAGAGAAGGCAGCUCGCCCGGCCACUGGGACACCACCUCCACCAGCACCACCUCCAUCGGCGGCAGCAGCAACAGCAGCAGCGGCGGAGUCCGGGAAGGGCCCUGCAUUGGGCCCCGGUGUCAACAGCAAAGUUCCGCGCUUGCGCCGCAUGCGGGGGCGGCGCCUGUGCCUCAAGAGGAGGGGGAGGCCCAGGAAGGGCGUGGAGCCCCGUGCCGCUGUGGGCAGCCCUAUGGGGGCGGGCGGUGGUGGCGUGGAGAGGUUUGCUCGGAGGGGUGGGAGCGUCGGCGGGGGUGGAGCGGCGGCUGCGGACGCGGCGCUGGAGCUGCUGCAUGCGCAGACGCUGACGCACGUGCAGGGCACAGAUGUCAGGAGCCCCCCAGGUAGCCCCUAUCGGGGCCUAGCCCAAGCCUUUCCUGGACUGGGUGCUUCCCCUGGUCUCAUGGCCUCUACGCCUCCUGCAUUGUACAGACUCAUAGACUCAUUUAGGCUGCAGUACAUGCAGUUAAUGUCUCACAUGCGCACGCCUCAAUACCGCUCCAGUCUACAGCAGCAGCUGCAGCAGGAGGAGGCUCGUAGCGCCCGUCUCGGCCGCUGUCUGCAGGCGCUGCAGGAUCAGUGCCAGAAUCAGGAAGCGGAGCUCCUGACGGCGCUGAGACAGCGCUGCUCUCAGCUGGGUUUGUCCGGCACCAGUCUGUCGGAGUUGGCUUCCGCACACAGGCAGGGGGUGGCGCAGCAGAGCCUCCUGCGCCAGCAGGGCCAGCAGCUGGAGCACAGCAUCAGCACACUGACGCGGCGCUGCUGCCAGCUGCUGGCCGCGCAUUGCCGGGAGUUGGGGUUGGAGGUUCAAUCCCUGAGCGAGGAGACUCUGAGCCGGGAGCUGAUGGCGCUGCAGCUGAAGGUGGCGCACAACCAGCGCAGCGUGGCUGAGCUGCAGAUCAACAUCCUGGAGCUGGAGCGCCGGCGGGCGGAGGCCGUGAGCUCGCCGCACAAGACUGUGCUGUCCGGUGCCGACGGGAAGAGCGACGGGGCGCAAGCGGUCGGGCCAACGUGGGGGCACGAGGGUGGGGCUCCCGAGGGGCUCGUCAAUGGGCACCACGACCCGCGCAGGGUGGUGAGACUGCGACCUUCCUCGUGUGCCCCCCGUUCCCGGGAAGGACCCCCCAUUUCCUCGGCCCCCCCUGACUACACGCGCUUCUCCCCGGCCAAGCUUGCACUAAGGAGGCACCUGACGCAGGAUGGGACCCCCGACUCGCACACGGGCAUUCCCAGCAGGUUGGAGGAGCAGCAUGAGAAUGGAGUCGGAGAUCAUGACCUCGAUGGGGUCGACUCCCCGCGUAUACCCCCACCACCUUUCCCUCUCUCCCCUCCCCCAGCAGCCGAAACAAACUCCAUGGAGGAGGAGUGCCCCACCGUCACCGCCGCCCCUCCCCGCAGUGCUGACGCCAUCAGGAGCCUCCCCGUGCGCAUCCCCCUCAGCACUGUGCUGCCCUCGAAGGCACCCGCUGGUGGGGGGCAGCCGCCCCCCAAACUGCCCGUGAGCAUCCCGCUGGCGAGCGUGCUGUCACCCGCCCCCCCUAACACCAUGCAGGACGACCCGGAGGCGGUGCGCUGUGCGUUCCUCCGCGCGCGCCGCCCCCCCCUCGCCUCCUCCUCCGCCGGAAACUCCACAGUCAGCCCCCAGCUCUCCCCCACACACGGCAACCAGAGGAGGACCCCUGCUGAAGGGGGGUGGAGGGGUCUGGGGGACAGCCCUACCAGGACACCCCUCGCCUGCCCACCGAGGGGACUCGCAUCAGGUCUGCCACUUUCCUCCAUCUCCAGCCAAGAUGGGCCAUGUGCUCCCCCUCUUCCCUGCCAGCCGGUGGCCCCCACCCAAGGCCCUCCUGGAGGAGGAGGCGCCCCCACCUUCUCCCCAUCUCCACUGGAGGGGGGCCCCCCGCUGCUCCUGCCCGCCAACCUCUCCCCUCCGCCGCUCAACGGCGCACCGCUCCUCUCCCACAACUCCCUGCACUUCUCCCAGAAUGCAUCACACCUCUCCCACAAUUCCCUGCACCUCUCCCAGAAUGCCGUGCUGCCCCAGCAGGGCGGCUGUGACCCCUUGGCCGACCCCAAUGGGCGGCGACGAGGUCGCAAACGCAGGGGCCAAGGCGGCUCCCUCGCCUCCUCGUCCUCCUCAUCCUCGUCAUCAUCGUCCUCAUCAUCGUCACUUUCCUCCUCUUCCUCCUCUUCGUCCUCGUCGUCUCCAUUGCCCUCUUUGCCGAAGAAGAAGUCGCUGGGAGGGGUGAGGGGGAUACGAUGCCAAGCGUCAGGGUCCCCACUCAACAUCACCGCUAUGGUGAGCACCAUUAACCAGCCGCUAGAAAUAACGGCAAUCUCCUCUCCCGAGACGUCUCUGCGGAAUUCUCCGGGGCAUAGCGGAGCAGGGGAGGAGGGUGGGGUCGCCGGGGGAGGAACCGGAGGCGGCGAGGGCCCUUCCCAGGGGGACAGCCCUUGCAGGGGCCCCGCGAUGACUCCCGAGGCCGGGCAGGGGAGCGACGCACCCAGGGGCAGGAGUGGUGGGACAAGGGAAGGAGCUCAAGACAAAAUGAACCAGCCCAGCAAUGAUGCCCCCCCCAUGCCCCCCCCGUGCCUCCCCUUGCCGAUGACGCCGCUGUCCUUUCUGCCGCCGGUGCCCCCCCACGCCGGCGCCGCGGUCUUCCCUCCCCCACCCCCCCCGCCGCCGGCACCAGCAGCGUCGUCGGCGCCAUCCACACUCUUCCCACCAACGGCGACGCUUCCCUCCUUCUCCUUCCCAGUUGGCACCACCUCCUUCCAUUUCCCGUCGAGCACCAACACAAUGUUCGUCUCUUCGCCGUCGUUAUCAUCAUCGUCGGCGGCGUCGUCAUCGUCGUUAUUGUUGUCGUCGUCAUCCUCCUCCUUACCGUCAUUGACCACGGUCCUCCGGACUUCCCCGGCGCCAGCGCGGCCCCCGCUAGCCUCCUUCCCCCGGUCGACGUUCCCACUGCUGGGCACCACCUUCAGCUCACUGGUGCCACUGCUGGUGUCUCCUCCCCACAACAAUCUCCACAACCCCUCGUCCCAACCGCCACCGCCGCCGCCACUGUUACCGCCUGCGCACCACCAGCGCCACCAGUACCAGCAGCACCAGCAGCAGCAGCGGUCAGGCAGAGUGGGGGCGGCGGGGAAGGUGGGGGCGGCGCCGGCGAGGCCGGGCGUAGAGCCGCCGCUUGGGCUGGACGGCGCAGUAUGGGUGCCGCUCGGAGUUCAACCGCCAUUCCCCGCGAGAGGCUGAGGGGCCAGCGUGGCCUGACGGCAAGCACUCUCUCACCUCUACCUCGAGCUGUCUCGCCAUCAGCUAUGCAAGGAGAGUUCUGGUGCUCGAAGUUACUGCUGAAGACGUCCCUUGACUCUGAACACAAAAGAAGGUCUCAAGGAGAUGGGGGUCUUGGGGAGUAGACUGGGGUCUCAAGGUUAAUGGGGGCUUGAGGGGCGAACUGUUUAUUUCAAGGAAGUGUUUGGGCCUUGAGAAGGUGCGGGAGGGGGGGGGGUUAUGGGGAGGAAUUUAAAUCUUGGGUAGGCUCACGUUUCAAGGAAGAGACUGUGGUCUUGGGUGGGGGGAGAGAAUGGGUGAUUUUGGUGACGCGAGGGAACUGCGCUCCCACGGGGGCAAAGCGCGUUCAAGGAAACCUCGAAGGCGUCUUGGUGCUAUUUCUCUCAUCACUCUGACCUCAUUCUGGGGCCCAGACGGGGCACCGCCAAAUGCGACAAGCGCCGUUUCCUCCCGAAACAAACAAAAAAACCCCGCCAAAUGGCUGGUCAGGCUGAGCUGUAGAAACUCUCCACCUUUUCAUCCUCUCCCUCCGCAAUCCCGGGGAGAAGACAUCUCCCCGGGAGGCCUGACAGCGCUAUCUUGAAUCCAGUGCCAUCUCGAUAUUGAGUUGUCAUGAGCCAGAAUUAUUGGCUUUUGCAGUCGCAGUCAAACGCGACCCGAAGCGAAUGGAGCGAUUGAGUAGAAUUUAGACGGCCUCGGUUGCUUGUCGUUAAAAUGUUUUAAACGUAUGUUUAAAAAAAAAAACCUGACACAUCAUCAAUUGUAAUGAUAGCACGAUGUCACAGUCAUGUUGGAACCAUGCCUAGCAAACAUCCCCAGUAAUUUUCUUAAUUUAAAUAUUAUUUGACUCGUCAUUUUGUCCGAGAGCAGCCACAAGCCUUGGUGUCGCAUUAUUCCGUCUCCGCGACUCAUAGCGCUGGCGGUCACCAAUGGUGGAGGCAGCUGACACCGCGUGCUGGUGUUUGUGUUUUCAUACAGCGACGGUGGUGGCGAUCAAUGUGUUUUUUGCAUAAUUUUUUAUUCCCAGUGCACAAUUGAGUGUUUGUUUCGUUUGGUGGUUUUGUGAAUGUGUCGUUGAUAUUUUAACAUUUAAUUUUUUUUUUUUGCGGUGGAUUUCUUUGCUCGUACGGAAAACUUUGUCGCAAUACUCAGCUUUAACAUCAGGCCCUGAUGUCGGAGGAAGACUUUUCUGCCCUUCGGGCCCCACUUGGGAGCCACUCCUUAAACACAAGGUUCUCUCCAUGCAGCCAAAUUAUAGCUGCAAGCAAGUUUUAUUAUUAAAUUGAUGGAUUUUGUAUGGCCAUUAGUGACUGGGUAGAGAUGUCACAAUCCCCGACCAAUAGCUGGUUUUAUCAUGCAUGGCUGAAAUAUUAAUUUAAAACACUGGAUCUCAGUGGUGUUGGCUUGGUGUCUCCAACACAGCCAUUAUGGACCUCCUGAGAGAGACACCCAGCAUUUCGGUGAUGCGGACUCUUUCUUGACAGCCAUUGGUGAAACCCCUGAGGCUGAUGUUAAAUCUGGGUGGGGAGUUCUGCUUUCACCCCAAAAUGGAAGCUCACUCAACUCUUCAUAUCAAAAAACCAUCAACCCUCUCACCCCUUGAAUCCCUAACGCCUGCAUUUAUAAGCCCCAUAACUACUGUAUCGGAAACCCCCCUAAACUCCUCAUAUCCACAUAGCUCCUGCAACAUAGUUGCAGUUAUGGGGAGUUGGGUGGCAGAAGAUAGGACCAGAAGCGCCUUUUUCCCCGAUAACUGCGAUGGUGCUGGCUGUGAUGGUGCUAAACACUCGCUGGUGCUGUGUGGGCUGGCAUUGUGGGACUGCACAAGGAUGGGAGCACUAGCCAUUGGGGAGCCGCGGUGCAUUGUGGGGCAGGGUGCUAGAAGGGGUCUUUAUCAUCGCCAAUCAGGGGUCUUUAACGUCACUAAUAGACGUGCCAUCUUGGUGAAAAGGCACAUGUACAAAUCCCGUGAUGCACUGCUCUACCCAGAAACCCCUGUGGCUCCCUUAAUUCCAUGCAGUCGCCCAUUGUCGCUGCAGACUUACUAUUAUUAUGCACACAUGGUGCAUUAUGGGUGAGAAAGUGUUGGGGCAGCUGUUGGAGUAGAUCUAGAGGAAGGCUAGACGGCCUCCUUGUACCUCAAUGGGUUCCCGUACCCCCCCAUCCCCCCUCCGUAAUGACCUCUUCCCAACCCCUCCACCCCCUACAUGUUUGUCAGUAUGAAGUUUUGCGACUUUUUGAGGGUCAAUUGGUGACUUUCUGCUUUAAAGUGUUGGCAAUGCUACACGGGGCAGAAAAUAUAGGAUAGCUAGCGGUGAUCGGCUCUGGGUUAGGAGAGUGGCAUGUGAAUGAGUGAAUUCUGUUUGCAAUUCAGGAAUGUAUUCACCUUUUGUGGGUUGUAAAAAACGUAAGUUAAUUGACGGGCGAAAUGUAAAAAACAAUUAAGGCAGUCGUAUCAGUUUGUACGUUUGUGGUUGGUUACGUUUUAACUGUGGCAGCUCAAGUAAACGAGAACACGACCUCAAUGAUAAGAAACACUCGGGAAAGGCCUGGGUUCUGAACUUGGGGGGGGGGGGGGAGAUAGUGUCUCUGAACGUAGAAUCUUGUUGGUUUGAGAAUCCAGGAUCACGGAAUCUGGGUUUUUAACCUGCAGUCAUAUUGGUUCUAACCUCAAUAUCUUCAAGUUAUGAACCAAGGAUCUUGUGAAUCUGACCUUGGGUGUCUAAAGCAGCGGUUCUCAAAGUGUGGGCCCCGGUACCACCGGUGGUCCACGACGGUGCUCCAGGUGCCCCGCGGGGCUGUGAUGCAAAUGCAGGUUGAUCCGGAAAUAAUGACAACGGUUAUACUUUUUGUUUUGGACGUAAAUUCAUAUUUUGGAUACAUUAGUUACAUUAAAUUUCAUAAAUGAGGUUAGGUAAACUACCCUGAUUAAAUUAUCCGAACCCUAACAUCUAAAUGCCCCCCCC